UGAACCGGAUGUAGUUAGAUAGCCAUAUUGGAUACAAAGAUCCAAAGUGUUUGUGUUUCACUUUUUCUCCGACAGUGACAGACUCGCUGAACCGGGACCGGACUACCUUGUCCGAGACCCGGUACGCUGGCCUGUUUCCGGUCCACGGAUCCUCUAGGAGACUCGCAGGCCGCGAUGGAGCGGACCGACACGUUUGUGUCUCAGACGGAGCUCAUCAUGGAGGUGGCGGUGGAGUCAGCCGCCUCUGUCCUCCACCAUGGGACAGACAGCCGGGAGAGACGGGAUCAGCUGAAUGCCGUCCUCCAUGUGAUGACCAGGGAGGCUGUUCGUAAAAUCUGCAGAGUCUUCAGAGAGCUGUAUGUGACCUUAGCAAUGGAAAACAAAGCUCUGAAGGACAAAGUGGGACAGCUGGAGUGUGAACUGAGGUCAAAGGCUGAGAAGACAGUUUAUACAAUAAAACCAUCAGGUGGACCUGCCUCGUCACUGGACAUCAACCAAACAGCGGCCAACCCUGCGGCCCUCGCCAUGGCCAUCCUAAACUCUGCCAAUUCCAGAUGCAGAGCCAGCAGCAACCCUCAGGUCCCUUUGGUCAUCAUCAGCCAGCCGAUCCCCGGACCAAUCACAGGCCAGAGCAGCCCUGCCCCCCCGGUACUGCCGGAGAAACCAGAUCAAACCACAGCUAACCCUGAUCUUCAGACCGAGGUGGUGUUUGAAAUUAACCAGAUUUCCACAGAUCUUGAUGAAUCACUUGGGGAAGUGACAUCUCUUCCUGUGGCUAAUGAUCAGCUAACCAGUGAGCCCAGAGGUGUUCCAAUGACAGCCAGGGAAGACACGCCCUCACCUGAAGAGGACCAGUCUGUUGUUAAUCACAAGUCUGUUUUCCAGGAAACAGAAAUAAAGAUGGAAACUGUUGAAGCAGCCCUUGCUGACAGCCAACCAGCUGAGACAGCUAUGUGUGAAGAGGAGCAGAAGGAGCUGGAGCGGAAGAGAAGGAGGGAGCUGUACAAAGAGAAGAGGUUCUUCUGUGAACUCUGUAACAAAGGUUUCCAUCAGAAACACCAGCUGAGGAAACACGUGUCCUGUCACCUCAAACCUUUCCCCUGCAGCUCCUGCGACAAAGGUUUCUACAAGGCCAAGAGUCUGCAGAAGCACCUGCUGAGCCACCAGCUAAAGGAGGCUCAGGAAAACGACCCCGAGAAGCUGCUGCGUUGCAACCAGUGCGACAGGAAGUUCAGGCUGCUGAGGCAGCUCAGAGUCCACCAGGCGUCUCACCGGCUGGAAAAAACGCCGCUGCAGUGCCGCGUCUGCAACCGCACCUUCACCUCGGCAGGCGCACUGCGGUACCAUGAGGUGUCGCACGCGCAGGUCAAGCCCUUCAUGUGCGACGUCUGCGGGAAAGGCUUCACCAGGAAGAAGAGCCUCCGCGAACACCAGACCGUGCACACCGGUGCCCGGCCGUAUGCCUGCCCUGCCUGCGGGAAGAGCUUCUCUACCGCCAGCAACCUGCGUGUCCACAAGCGGUCGCACUCCGAGGAGCGGCCGUACAAGUGCUGCGAAUGCGACAAGGCCUUCAAGUGUAAGAUGGGGCUGCUGCAGCACCGAGUGGUCCACUCCGGAGAGAAGCCCUUUAUGUGUCAGACCUGCGGACUCAGCUUUGGCCUCAAGUACAACUUCCAGAGACACUUGCGCCUCCACAACGGAGAGAAGCCCUUCAGGUGUGAUAAAUGUGGAGAGGGCUUCACGGGUACCUGGGCUCUGAAGACCCACAUGCUGGUUCACGGCGUGGAGAAGCCGUUCAUGUGCGACCUCUGUGGAAAGACUUUUUUCUACAACUGCCAGUUGCAGAAGCACCAGCAGCUGGUCCACGACAACAAGGACCGGCAGAAGGCUGGGGGGGUGGCGGGCAGACGCCGGCCGACCGGUGCCAAACCCUACAGCUGUAAGAUCUGCCUGAAGAGCUUCAGCAGCAACACCACGCUGAGGACGCACGAGAAGAGCCACGCCGAAAACAAGGACUUCACCUGCGAUACUUGCGGGAAGUCCUUCCACCUGCGCCACCUGCACCUUUACCACAUGAGGCAGCACAGCGGCGAUCGGCCGUACGUUUGCAGUAUCUGCCAGAAAGGCUUCCUGCUGAUGUCGCAGCUGAAGCAGCACGAGCUCCUGCACACCGGAGUCAAGCCUCACAAGUGUGAAGAGUGCGGCAAAGAGUUCAGAACACCGCAGAACUACCACCGCCACUUGCUGGUCCACACCGGAGAGAAACCCUACGAGUGCGUGGUGUGCAGCAGGAAGUUCAGGCAGUCCAACCAGCUCAAGUCUCACAUGCAGAUCCACACCGGAGUGAAGCUGUACACCUGCGAGCACUGCGGUCAGGGCUUCUCCGACUCGAGGCAGCUGAAGAAACACCGAUGUGGAGACGAGUUCCAGAGCUGUGAGUCCAGCAGCAAACGCAGGAAGCAGAAGAGUGUUUUCCCCUGGACCGAGAGCUUCACGCAGCUAGCUUAGCAUAGCAUAGAUACUGGACACAGCUAGCCUAGCUGAGAAUAGAGACUGGACACAGCUAGCCUAGCUGAUAAUAGAGACUGGCAUCAGCUAUCUUAGUUUAGCAUAGAGACAGAAAACGGCUAGCUUAGCAUAGAGACUGGAAACGACUAGCCUAGGUCCGUCUAAAGCUCAGAAAUACAGCUAUCAUUAAACCGAUGAACACGUUGAUUUCAAACAAACAGAACUAUUUCUUGUCAAUAACAACGUAUCAAUCUUGACACACUAAAAAAUGAAUAAUCCCAGAAUGUUGUACAAUUGCUUAAAAAAGUUUCUUCUGUAUUUUUAUAUUUAAAAAAACAAAAUUUGUGAAAAACAUGAUGAAGACAUAGUUCAUAGUUUCUUAUAUAAGUUGUAUAGUGAACGGGCAAUCUCUUGUUUUGUGUUUAAAAAUAUUCCUUUCACACAGUUUUCAGUUGAAUUAAAGGGCUGGUUCACUUCC